AUGGCACCCCCCGCCGGCAAACGCGUCAAGGGGGUGCAAAUCUUCCGCCCCUUUGUGUACGGCACCACGGCCCAGCUGUUCGACGACAAGACCAACCCCAAACCCCCCGGGGUCCCCGACGACCACACCCACUCGUGGACCGUCUUUGUCAAGGGCAUCGACGAUGUCGACAUCACCUACUGGUUGCGCCGCGUUCAGUUUAAGUUGCAUGAGUCCAUUCCCAACCACGUCCGGAUGAUCGAAGCCACCAAAAACCAACCCUUCCUCCUCCGCGAAACAGGCUGGGGCGAAUUCGAAAUCACCAUCAAGCUCUACUACGCCCCGGAGUCCUCCGAGAAACCCCAAACCCUCUACCACCACCUGCGUCUCCACCCCUACGGCCGCACCGACGAGGAAAAAGAAACCAUGCGCCUCAACGGCGGCGAAGUCAUCUCCUGGGCCUACGAGGAACAGCUUUUCAACGAACCUUAUGAGCCGUUCUAUGAGAUCUUGACCUCGGGGGCUGUGCCUGCUUCGUCGGCUGGUCCGUCCAAGAAUAGUACGAAACCCACGGCGGGGGGGAAGUCGAAGGAGAAGGGGAAGGAUAAGGAUGAUCAGAAGCCGGUGAGGUCGGAGGGCGGGGUGUUGGAGAGGAGUGCGAUGAUUCCGUUGACGAAUCGGCCGGGGCAGCCGUUCAGUCGGGAGACGGAGACGGUGGAGGUCAAGAAGUUGCAGGAGGCGUUGGUCAAGGUGGAGGAGUUGAUGACCAAGACGAAGGCGGAGGUGGCGGGGCGGGAGAAGCGGUUGAAGGAGUUGAAGGCGGAGGCGGGGAAGUGA